UCAGGCACUGUAAUCUCCACCACGUACUUAAGGGAGUGGACUGCUCCCUCCAAACAAUUCUUUCUCGAUGAGCUUCUGAGCUGCAAACUGUCACGCGAUCAGAUCAGAUAUUCGACAGGUUUCCUUCAUCAUGAAGCUUCUCAACUCGUUCACCACGCUGGCCGCCGCCGUGCUGCUCCUGCCAGGAGCCAUGGCCGGCACUUACAAGGGCUUCAGCAUGGGAGCCAACAAGGCCAACGGAGCCUGCAAGGGACAGGCGGAUUGGAAGACGGACUUCCAGACCAUCAAGGGCUGGGGCAAGGGAUUCAACGCCGUCCGCCUCUACGCCGCCAGCGACUGCAACACGCUCGCCAAUGCUGUCCCAGCUGCCAAGGCUGUCGGCAUCAAGCUCCUCGUUGGCGUCUGGGCUACCGACGACGCUCACUUCGGCGCUGAGAAGGCUGCUCUCCUCAAGGCGAUCAAGACCUACGGCACCGCCUGGAUCGCCGCCAUCAGCGUUGGCUCCGAGGAUCUCUACCGCAAGGACAUUACGCCCCAGAAGCUUGCCACUCAGAUCUACGACGUCCGCGGCAUGGUCAGACAGUACAACAAGAACCUCAAGGUCGGCCACACCGAUACGUGGACUGCUUGGGUCGACGGCACCAACGACGUCGUCACCAAGGCCUGCGACAUCGCCAUCACCAACGGAUUCCCCUACUGGCAGGGCGUCAAGAGCCAGGACGCCAUCUCCAAAAAGACGUUCCAGAACUCCUUCUGGGCCGUCCAGAAGCACGUCAAGGCCGUCAACUCGAAAGCCGCCGUCUGGGUCGGAGAGACCGGCUGGCCCACCGCUGGUGCCAACUUCCAGGGCUCAUUGCCGGGGACGAAGAGCCUCAAGAACUACUACACUAGCGUUGCUUGCUGGCUGUGGGCCAAGCCCGACACCAGCGGCUUCUGGUUCACGGCAUUCGACGCCCCCACGGCCAGUCCCGAGGUCGAGAAGCACUUCGGAGUUGCUGACUCGAAUCGCAAGCUCAAGUUCACCUUGCCUUGUUAAACGACUGGUUUACACGAACACGGGAUUUACGGCGCCUAAACUUUUUAUUUCAUUGGGAUGGGUUUAAUAUACAGGGAUAAUUACUACAUCUUCAGUACAUAAUUUAGAAUCUACCAGAAAUAAACUUCAGGUACUGCACUCUAA